GAUAUUUACUUUGACAAGAAAGCUUUGAUCUUUCGCUUCUAUAGACCUUCUCCAUAUAGAACAACUCUCUAUUUAUCCUUAGGAUUCCAAACACAUAGAGUUCUGGCUUCAGGGAAUAUGAUAAUGGUCUAAAAAAUAGCCUUGCAUGGCGAGCCACAGAAUAGGAGAACUUGGUUUAUCUGAGUCAGGACCUUCAAGUCACCACAUGCCUUACGGAGUUCUUCAUGGGAUUAAUACUCCUCCAUCAAGCUUAAUCAAUCAAGGAUCAGCUUUUGAUUUUGGGGAGCUGGAAGAAGCAAUAGUUCUGCAAGGAGUUAAGAGUAGAAAUGAUGAAGGCAAAGCAUCUUUAUUCACAGCCAGACCUGCAGCUACACUGGAAAUGUUCCCUUCAUGGCCAAUGAGAUUCCAGCAAACUCCAAGAGGUGGUUCAAAGUCAGGAGGGGAAAGCACUGAUUCAGCUCUUUCAAGCAAAACGGAGGCCCCCUUUGAGGCAGAAUCUCCCAUGAGUAAAAAGGCAUCUUCUUCAGAUCAUCAGGCUUUUGAUCAGCAUCAUCUGCAUCAAAGACAGCAACUUCAACAGCAGAUGGCAAGUGGUGCCCCAAGAACACCCUCUUCACAGAAUCAAUUAGCACCCAAAUCACCUCAGGAAAAGAGAAAGGUCGCUGGCUCUACAUCAGAGAAACCACUUGAUGCAAAGACAUUAAGACGUUUAGCCCAAAACAGAGAAGCUGCAAGGAAAAGCCGUCUCAGGAAAAAGGCUUAUGUGCAGCAGCUAGAGUCAAGUAGAUUAAAGCUUACUCAACUCGAACAAGAACUUCAAAGAGCACGUUCUCAGGGCUUGUUCGUGGAUUGUGGUGGUGUUGGAAGUAAUGUAAGCUCUGGAGCCGCAAUGUUUGACAUGGAAUAUGCAAGAUGGUUAGAAGAAGAUCACAGGCUAAUGGGGGAGCUGAGGAACGGGUUGCAGGCACCAUUAUCAGACAGUGAUAUGAGAGUGAUGGUGGAUGGAUAUCUUAACCAUUAUGAUGAGAUUUUCAGGCUCAAGGGAGUGGCUGCUAAAUCAGAUGUAUUCCAUCUUAUCAAUGGCAUGUGGACUUCACAAGCUGAACGCUGCUUCCUCUGGAUUGGUGGUUUUAGGCCCUCUGAGCUCAUCACGAUGUUGAUCCAACAGUUGGAGCCACUAGCUGAGCAGCAGAUAAUGGGAAUGUAUGGGCUGAGGCAUUCCUCACAGCAAGCAGAAGAGGCUCUCUCUCAAGGCCUUGAGCAGUUGCAGCAGUCUCUCGUUGACACAAUUGCUGGAAGCCCCAUUGUUGAUGGUGUGCAACAAAUGGCCGUUGCCAUGAGCAAACUCGCCAAUCUUGAAGGAUUUGUUCGUCAGGCUGAUAAUUUAAGGCAACAGACUCUUCAUCAGUUAUGUCGAUUACUGACAGUUCGCCAAGCAGCACGUUGUUUUAUUGUUAUUGGAGAAUACUAUGGACGUCUUCGAGCCCUUAGUACUCUUUGGGCGUCAAGAACACGAGAGACCUUGAUCGGCGACGAUAACUCAUGCCAAACAGCCACGGAGAUGCAAAUGGUGCAACCUUCUCAGAACCAUUUCUCCAGCUUCUGA